AUGAAUCACACCGUCGUUGACAUUUUGCCCGCGACGACCAUGGGCAGUCGGAGCUUCUUCGUCGACCAUUAUGCGGCCAUCGCGCUCUCGCUCUUGGUCCUCUACGUCGUCGCAUCGACGAUCCGUCAGUAUGCGCGUCUGCGGCACGUCAGAGGUCCCCCGAGCGCGGGGUUCUCCAAGUGGUGGCUGGUGCGCACCGUCUACGGCGGGCGGCAGCAUCUGGACUUUUACGAGGCGUUCCUGAAGUACGGGCCGCUUGUGAGGGUUGGGCCGAAUGAUCUCAUGACGAGUGACCCCGAUCUCAUGAAGCGUAUGCUCGGGGUGAGGACGACUUACAAGAGAUCUCAGUGGUAUGAUGCCAUGAGACUCGACCCGGGCAAGGAUAAUGUGUUGUCUAUGAGGGACAAUGACAUGCAUGCCAGGCUUCGGUCGCAGAUGGCUGCCGGUUACUCCGGCAAGGAAGUUGACAACUUCGAAACCAAAAUCGAUGAGAACAUCAUUCGUUUCAUGGGUCUCAUCGACAAGUACCUGUCCGAGGGCAAGCCUUUGGAUUUCGGUCUUAAAGCUCAGUACUUCACUCUUGAUGUCAUCUCCGACUUGGCAUUUGGAGAGCCGUUUGGGGAUCUUGCGAGCGACUCGGACGUGCACGAGUACAUUCAGACCAUGGAGGAGAACAUGCCGAAUGUGGUUCUGACAGGUGUCCUGCCCUGGCUGCUGAAGCUAAUCUCUUCGCCGCUCUUCAGGAGCAUGCUGCCAUCUGAGAAAGACGCCAUCGGAGUUGGUAAGACUAUUGGAAUCGCCAAGAAGGUUGUUGCAGAACGCUUUCAAAUGGGCGAGAAGCCAAAGAGAGAUAUGCUCGGAUCCUUCAUUGCCCAUGGCUUGACCCAGGAAGAGGCUUCUUCCGAGAUCCUCAUGCAGAUCCUCGCCGGCUCCGACACAACAGCAACCGCCAUCCGGGGCACAUUCCUGCACAUCAUCACCAGCCCCCGCGUAACCGCCACCCUCCGCGCCGAAAUCGAAGCCAGCAACCUCUCGUGGCCGAUCGUCCGCGAAGCCGAGGCGCGCGAGAUGCCGUACCUCGCUGCCGUGAUCAAAGAGGGCCUCCGCAUCUUCCCGCCCGUCGUCGGCCAGAUGUCCAAGGAGGUGCCCAAGGGCGGCGACACCUUCAAGGGCGUGUACUUCCCGGAGGGCACGCGGAUCGGGUACGGCGCGUGGGGCAUCUUCCACCGGACGGAUCUGUGGGGCCCGGACGCGCUCGAGUUCCGGCCGGAGCGGUGGCUGGAGGCGGAGGGCGACCAGCUGCGGCUGAUGGAGGGCACGCUGGAGCUCAUUUUCGGGUACGGGAAGUGGAAGUGCCUGGGUCGUGAUGUGGCGUUGAUGGAGUUGAGGAAGGUCUUCGUCGAGCUUUUGAGGAGAUUCGACCUGACUUUGGUAGAUCCUACCAACCCGUGGAAUUCUCGGAACUAUGGUAUUUUCGUACAAUCUCAGUUUUGGCUGAAGGGAUACAAGAGGGACAUCCCCGCGUAA